AUGCUCGAGUUCAUCCCCCCCACGCAAGCCCCGGCCAAUGGCAUCCGAUUCUUCAACUGGCCAGGCAGCGGUGAACAGAUCUCGGACUCUCUUAAAUUUACCCACGCUUGUGUCAUACCACCCAAUGCAUCUAUUAUCCACGUCGGCGGCCAAGCCGGAAUCACCGACGAGGGGACCGUCCCUAGUGACCUAGGUGAUGAGAUUCGUGAAGCAUUCUCUCAUAUUGAGCUCUCCCUUCGGUCGGCUGGCCUCACUGGCACAAGCGCUGAGGUUUGGGCUUGUGUCUACAAGGUCACAACCUAUCACGCCAAUACGGAUGAAAAUUUCGGCAUGAUCUUGCAUGGGAUCUUGAUUGAACAUGUUGGAGAAAAUCGACCUCUGUUCACCGGCGUCGACGUUUUUAAGCUUCUGCGUCCUGACCUACACCUCGAAAUCGAGGUGGAAGCAUUUCUUCCCAAGGCUGCAUAG